AUGUUCUCGCCGUCGAGAGUAGAUGCGAUCAAUGGCAUUGCGAGCAUACUGGAGCGGAAGUUGGGCUUGGAUCGAGAUUUCCGUGCCAAAGAUUUGUCUUCAAGGUCUGCACCUCUGCAAGCCAAGCUGGUGGCAGACAUCACAGCAGUGCCUGUUCCAGCAGUGAUUCUACGGCAAGUCCAGAUGCAUCUUGAAGUACCGCAUCUUGGACAGAGCAUCAGAAUGGAAAGGAAGAGCUCCGACAAGCUGCUCUCCUGUCAGGUUUCUGCAGCAUACGCCAAACUACGGCAGCUCGGCUGUGAGUUUCGUCAUUUGAUCGAGCAAGAAAGUCUGCUGCUGCCGCUGGGCGGUGUCGCCUCUUCCCUCCAUCCGGGCUCGCAGCUCGUUGCAAAUCUCCUCUGUGUAUGGACGGUCCGCUUUCUCGUUCACACGCUCCAAGUUGGCCGCUUUUGGGGAACUGGACUGCUUGUGUUGGCCAUCUUUCACACCUGCGACUUCAGCUACUUGUCGAAUCUACUCGUGUUCGGGUCGCCACACGCUACGAUCGCCCCCGGCAGCCUUACCCUGGAAGCUGGACAAGUGGGAAAGACGAAGCUGGACAAGUUGGAGCUUCUUCCAUCUUUCGCAGUCGUGAUUUUGGGACUUGGCGAUGUCCCGUGGCCGCCAUCUGUCACAGUAACACAUCUCACAGUUGUUUGUGGCGGUUGUUGGCGAAGCGGACCUCUUGUGUUGGCCGAUUCACUCUACGACAGAAGCCACUGGUCGAAGCAACUCGGUGCCUUCGCAGUCUUGGUCGUCGCCACGCGCUACGAUCGCCACCGGCAGCCUUACCCAGGAAGCUGGACAGGUGAGAAAGAUGCCGGGGACAUGCGUGACUCCUUCCAUCUUUCGCAGUCGUGA